AUGCGGGCUUACGUGAAAAAAGUUUUGUGCAGGGAAAAUAUCGAAAAACGUACUCUCCGUCUCGGCUUGAUCCACGAUCGACUAUUGAAUGAGACGGAAGAGCAACGUGCCCACCGCCUCGGCGUGAUCCACGAUCGUUUAUCGAAUGAGACGCAAGAGCAACGUGCCCACCGCCUUGGCAUGAUCCACGAUCGUCUAUCGAAUGAGACGCAAGAGCAACGUGCUCACCGCCUUGGCAUGAUCCAUGAUCGUCUAUCGAAUGAGACGCAAAGGCAACGUGCCCACCGCCUUGGCGUGAUCCACGAUCGUCUAUCGAAUGAGACGGAAGAGCAACGUGCCUACCGCCUCAGCGUGAUCUACGAUCUUCUAUCGAAUGAGAUGGAAGAGCAACAUGCUCACCGCCUCGGUGUGAUCCACAUUCGUAUAUCGAAUGAGAUGGAAGAGCAACGUGCCCACCGUAUCGGCUUCAUCCAUGAUCGUCUAUUCAAUGAAAUGGAAGAGCAAACUGCUUACCGACUCGGAUUAAUUCACGAUCGCUUAGCAAACCAAACACCUGAAACUCGUUCAGUUCGACUUAGUAGAAUGCAACAAGCCAGUCAAGCUUGUAGGGACAUCGCUAAUGAACACUCUUUUGAAGCGGCUAUUAUUAUUUUUGCUGAUGUACCAUGCGCUAUUUGUAAAAGAAGUCUUUAUCCACAACAGCGUUCCAAUUUACGAGCAAAUAUGUAUAGUAUACUAUUACCUGAAGAACUGGUUGCUUUAGCUGAAAAUUCUAUUCCUGAACAGGAUGGCGUUGCUUCUGAAACUUCAUCACAACAUUAUAUCACUUUAAAUGACAACAAGGCUUUAAGAUUUAAUUUAUCUCGGGGUAAGCAAUGUACUGGGAUAGCAGCUGUUGUUUGUGCAGCAUUUAGCGUAUUAGAUCCAAACAAGUGGGCCAAAAGUGAUAAUGAUUUCAUUGUAAUCAUUGGCGAUAAAUACUAUAAUGACUGCAUCGCUGCUAGAGAUAAUCCUGCGCCCGGCGAAGUAAAUCCUGAGUACCUUGCUUUUCAGAUCUUAGUCCAGGACUUAUAUAUAAUAGACAAAAUUUAA